AUGCUGCCUUCGCCCGGUUUAUUCGGGCGGUGUAGGAAACGGAGGAAGCUCGCAGCUCGCAGCCCCAUCCGUGGCCCGUGUGGCGCCUUGAAGGAGGCUCAAGAGCUCACCGUGCGCCUGUCCCGCCUUGCGCGGAAGAACGACUGGCGUCGUGCAGCUGACGCUGUGACCCAAGCCAGUGGCCUGAGUGAUGCACGCGGGGAGACGGCCAAGAUGACAGCAUUGGCAGCUGCCGGAAGGUGGUUUGCUGCCUGGCAUCAUUUGCAGAGACUUUUUCUGGUGCCGACCCUCCGAGUGGACGUGGUGAUGUUGAAUGUGGUCCUGUCCGCCGGAGCCACGUCAAGCCCUUGGCAGAUGAAGCGUCAAGCCCUGCAGACUCUCCGGGAGAAGGGCGUUGACCCUGACGCUCGCUCGGUCUUGCGCUUGAUGGGAGGCCCUUGGCUUCAAGCACGGAGCCUGUUACGGCAGUUGGGCCAGCAGGUGGAAAUGAAUCUCAUCGUGAUGAACGCGGCUCUGGCAGCAGGAGCUCAGGAGCUGAAGGACCUUCAAUCCUGGCGUCUGGAGCGAUUGGAACCAGAUGUGAUCUCCUUCAACACGUGUGCGGAUUUGGCCAUCAAAGCAGGACGUUGGCCAGAGGCUCAGCAGAUGUUGCAGGACUUGAAGGACGAAGACCUCCAGCCGAACGUGGUAUCGAUGAAUCUGAAGUUGGCAGCAUCUAGCUGGCCGAAAGCUCUUCAUUUGCAAGGCACAUCGGGUGUGCAGCUCGACUUGGUGUCCUUCUCCAGUACGCUGGCAGCUUGCGAGCGCAAGAGUCAUUGGAUAGCAGCGGUGGAAGUGCUGGAAGUGAAGAGACAGCGGAGCACCCUCGCCGACGCCGUGUGCUUCAACUCCGCCGUGAGCGCUUGCUGCAAGGGCGAGACGUGCCGUUGGAGUCAUGGUCUUCAAAUCUUCGCAGAGCACAUCUAUGGGCAAUCUGAUGAAGAGAUCGCAGGGACUGCACUUCUAGCGGCCUGCCAACGCCAAGAGGAGUGGCCCUGGUGCUUGCAACUGCUGGAGUUCCUCGAGCGGAAGCGCGGCAGGGCAGACCGUGCGGCCUACACUGCUACACUCUUGGCAUGCGCCAAGGCCUUGCAGAUGGCCACGUCGACGUGGCUCCUGGACGCUGUCGAGUCGGAGCCCAACAUGGUGGUGGUGAACGUCCAAGUGCAGCUCCACCAGGCCACCGGUCGUUGGACCGCUGCGCUGGAGCUCUUCGCCUCGUUGUCGCCGCGGCGCCUGGCACCGGACGCCGCGACACUCCUGGCGACCCUGGCCGCCACGGCGCGCGGUGGCGCCGGACGCGCGUGGCGCCGGGCGGCGGAGCUGUUGCGAGGAGCCCGCAGCAGAGGGUUGAAGCCAGAGUCUUGGAGUGCAAGGGGAAGAUCAGGGCGAAUAUGCGUGAAUUACAAGUGCUAA